GAAGUGGUGCUGAGCUGAGCACACACACUGCUCUCACUGCUCAGACCUGCUCGAUUGCUCCUACUGCUCACAAUGGGCAACUUUAGCUGUGUCCCGCAGCCCCACCGACAGUUUAGAUAUUCAUUCAAUAGGAAAAGCUCAAUCAAGGGGAAAGAGCAUGACAGCAGAACUAAAUGGACGUAUUUGUUUGGAAAUGAAAGUGGAGAUGGGAGAGGAACAAAUUCGGACAACAUUUUGCAUUACAUCCCAGGAAAGGACUUUGGAUCUCCAGAAAUAUUGCCUAAGGACAGUGUGGAUCAGAGAUUCCUCAGUAUCUUCCGUAAAGGAAGGAAAAAAACUAUUGUCAGGAACAUGGGACAAAUGAUUCACUACUCUAAGGUCAAAUUCCGGUUUCAACACAGCCAGGAUGUUAGUGACUGCUACUUGGAGAUGUUCCAGUCCCACCUGUAUUUCCAGUCGCGUGGCCCUACUGGAUUAACCUAUCAGGGAUUGGUGCCUUUGAAGGAGCUAAGCAUUUAUAAACUUGAACGUUCCAAAACGCCAUCUAAUCAAGUGGAGGAACAUGCCUUCCGGAUCACAGGGCCCUUGCUAAAUCCGCUUAUUGUUUAUUGUCCAAGCCAACAAGAAUUGCAGAAGUGGCUUUACCAUCUGGAAAAACAAAUCCAGUUGAAUGGUGGUAACUUGGAUAUGCUAUCCACAUCUGAGGGGAACAAAGAAACUAAUUGGGAUAAAUAUGAGCUCAGGAGGUCUGUGCAAAGUCAACCCGUUGCAGACUGGGAGGGAAAGCAAAGAGAAUCUUUGGGAUCCAUCACUUAUAUAUCCAAAGUCAAAAUGCAGCACCUGCCUUUCCAGGAACUGCAUGAGAGAUUAUUGGUCCUCUACUCAUCCAGUCUGGUAAUACUUUCUGAGGAGAGGAAACAGCUUUUCUUUAAGGGGGAGCUUCCACUAAAAGCUGUUCGAGUAAUUUCAGAAGAGUUGGAGAAACAGAAAAAAUCAUUCCUAAUUGAAGGAAGAUUCAUCAACACAAUCCGUGUGAUUUGCAUCACUCAACAGGAUUACGAGGAAUGGAUAGAUCAUCUGAAACUAGCCCAGCUACAAAACCGAGAAUCCUCUCUCUCUGGAUCCAGCAGUUUUGGUGGAUCUCAUUAUACACAACAUGAGCAGCAGACUGUCAGCUGCAGGAGCUCUUUUACUUCCGAUGGUCGCACCAAAUCUUGGGCUUCAGCCAACAAGCUACCCAGCUCUAACCGCCAAUCGCACAGCACUACGCAGGGUUCAGAACGUCAGUCAUUCACUAUUCUUUCUGAACAGCAGCAGCAGCAUGAUGAUCCUCUGUCUCCAGGAUAUGCCGAGCCAUUACAUUGUUUGGGAAACCCUCCUUGGUCCACUCCAACAAAUGGCAACAAUGACUUAAAGAGAGGUGGCAGCUUCCGCGGAUCUAAGGGAAAGAACAAUUUAUCACUGCAAAUUCAGUCUGCGCUUCCGCAUAGCUAUGACCUGGAAACAACAGCAUUUGGUUUAAUUCCGGAGACUCCCAGUGAAGACAUCCUUUCUCCAAUUUACAAGGAGCCAUAUACCUACCAAAAAUCCCUGCACGAUUCUUCAGUAAAUAAUCAGAACAUGCCUAAUAGGUGGAGUCUUACAGACAGCCAGCAAUCUACCUCCCCCACUGAUUCAGCUAGUCGCGGACUGUCCAAAUCUCCCCUCUAUGAUGAGCCCUACUCCCCAACUGACCCACAUGCAAAUAACUUUGUGGAAGAGAUUUUGAAGAAUCUUAGCAACAGACGUAUAGAGACAUCUUCACCUCACUUGAGGACCAAUGGUUCUUUCCAAAUGAACCACAGUGCACAUCCAGCAUUGCACAAGAUAUAUUCUCACCCUGUCAGCAGUAACCAGCAGAUUGUGAAGCCACUGGUGCAUAGGAAUAGCGAGCCGGACACCAGGAUCCCACCCUCCACCCAGACAUCCUUUUUUAAAAGUGUAUCUGCUUUGAAGGAAGAAAUAGCUUCAACUCAUCACAGUAAUGAAGUAGAAGAUAUAUUUGACCUUCCUUCUUCUGGAAAUUUGUUCCCAGAGUCUAUGGACCACGAUUAUGCAGAGUUACAGAGCUUCCAGAGCGAUUUAAGUUAUGACAAUAUUUGGGAUUAUGAAGCCAAGGAGAGAGACCGUAAUCAUUUCUCACCCCCACCUUAUAAAGGUUAUUAUCACCAAGGGGUUCCUCCGAACAAAGCUGUGCCAAGCAGAUGGUUGUAGGAGUGUCCUAUGACAGAAACUGUCCAAUUCCCAGAAGACUGGGCUGUAAAGCAGAACAGUUUAUCCUAAACAUAUACCGUUGAUGCCGUUAUUGCUGCUUAAUCCUUGUCUGUGCACCACCAGCAAAAGCUGAGCUGGUUGGAAAGUUCCAAGAGACUUUCUGCAGUCACUGAAUAGUGAGGUGACAACGUGUGGUUCAUUGCCAUUUAAUUAGCAGUCUUCACACAGUAAAUUGUCACUGUAAUGAAUUAUCUCCUAUGUUCUGCUUGUUCCCAGAUAGAUAUUAUACUAUAUUAGUAUUAUGUACCCAUGCUGCAACGUGCACAUAUUUCUGUGGCUGACCAUCGCCUUAUUUGUACUGUGAAGCCACAGACCCAAAUGUUACCUAUCAUUCUGCUGCAACGGACUUCCUUUAACCCUUUCCACAUUAUGACCCACGGUAGUUAUUACACAAUAUUCACCACUGUGAUUGUUUUUGUUUUUUUUAUAUAGUAUUUCCUUAUUUAUGGAAACGCACAAGCUUUCACUCCCUAACACUCCCUUUCAGUCACUACAAAUCUGACAAAAUAUACACUGUCCCAUAGAACUCCUUCAUUCUGAGAUGCAGCGGUCCUCCCUGCUGUUUUAGAAUUUCACUCCCAAAAUACAAACACUUCCCUGCCAACGGACGAACAGUCCUAACAAUACGUGCACAGUUUUGCCAAUAUAUAUUUAUAUAAUCCUGCCCACAACAAGCACUGACAGGUGCACAUAUCUGGUGCUGUGUUUUUUUUUUUUUUUUAAAUAAGUUAGACAGUCACAGGGUUUAAUAAAUAGCCUUAACCCUUGAGCAGCAAUCUCAGUGCAAAAGCAGCAGAUCAGCAUUGUGAACUGAUGUUGUCUGGACAGGUUUUUUGGGGGAGAGUGAAUUAUUCCCCUUUACCUAUUGUGUUUAUAAGUCCCAAGGACAACAUGGUGAACUGUUUACAUUGCAACAUUUAUUUUAUUGUAAUAUAUAUUUAAUUUUAUUUGUUUUAUUAUCUGAGACAUACAGACCUUUUGUUUUUGAUACUGGUUAUAAGGGUCAAUUAUUUUGUCAGCCUAUUUAAUGUUCAGUAGUAUUUAUUGUGACCAGUUUUGCACUGUUUAAGGACUGUACAUAAUUUCUAUGCAAUUACUAUUUUGGAACUUAUUUUGUUUAGAGGGAAUGAAUAUUGUCAACUGGCGUAAUCUUUUGCAGAAAAAGGAGCAUUUGCCUUGAAUAAUAAAAUCUUAGUUCACCA